UUAUACUACAGGUUCUAUCUUAACAGUGGAGUAUUUUGCUGAUGAAGAUGCUGAAGUUUAAAUAUGCAACACCACAUCCCGUGGAACUGGGUACAAUGGAACCUAUUGCCAGCCGUGCUUCUCGACUUAACCUGCUGCUUCAGGGGAAGUUCUCAUCUCUUGCACAACAGCAGAUGUCUCCGUUCUCAAGAGAAGGCAUUCUGGACUCCCUUAUGAUGCUGUAUGAGGAAUGCAACAACCCUCUUCUAAUGAAGAUCAAGCACGUGGGCAGUUUUAUUAAAAAGCAUUCAGAUUCAAUAGCAGAAUUCCGGGAACUUCAGCCCAGCUUGAAAGAUUUCGAAGUCCGGAGUCUGGUAGGAUGUGGUCAUUUUGCAGAAGUCCAGCUGGUGAAAGAAAAGGCCACUGGUGACAUUUAUGCCAUGAAGGUGAUGAGGAAGGAGACUCUGUGGGCAAAAGACCAGGUAUCAUUCUUUGAGGACGAGAGAAAUAUACUAUCCCAGAAUACCAGCCCUUGGAUUCCACGUCUUCACUAUGCAUUCCAGGACAAAAAGCAUCUUUAUUUGGUUAUGGAUUAUGAGCCUGGAGGAGAUCUACUCUCAUUCUUAAACCGAUAUGAGGAUCAACUGAAUGAAAACACAGUCAAGUUUUAUCUAGCGGAAUUAGUUCUGGCCAUUCACAGCGUCCAUGAAAUGGGUUAUGUCCAUCGAGAUGUUAAGCCAGAGAAUAUCCUCAUUGACAGAACAGGGCAUAUCAAGUUGGUGGAUUUUGGUUCUGCUGCCAAAAUGACAGUGGAUAAAAUGGUGGAUGCCAAGGUGCCCAUUGGCACUCCUGACUAUAUGGCCCCAGAAGUGCUUACAGCUUUGAACAACAGCAGCAGCAACAAAGCUUCGUAUGGAUCAGAAUGUGACUGGUGGUCUCUAGGGGUAGUCGCUUAUGAAAUGAUCUAUGGAAAAUCACCUUUUACUGAAGGGACCUCUACUAAGACUUUCAACAACAUCAUGAAUUUUCAGAGGUUCCUCAAAUUCCCGGAGAAUGUAAAGGUCAGCAACGAAUUUCUUGAUCUGCUGCAGAGUUUACUCUGCGGGCAGAAAGAACGAUUGGAUUAUGAAGGCCUCUGUUGUCAUCCGUUCUUUUCCAAUGUUGACUGGAAUGCCAUCCAUGACUCGCUCCCUCCCUUCGUGCCUACCGUCAAGUGUGAAGAUGAUACCUCAAAUUUUGAUGCCCCAGGGCAGAAUUCCAGAAUCGCUUCCUCUCUGUGCCAGCUGAGCCCUGCAGGUUUCUCAGGGGAAGGUUUGCCGUUCGUGGGCUUCUCCUUCAUCAAGGCGCUGGCGGUCCUCCGGUCAGAGUCUGCUUUGGGUUUGGAUUCUCCCGCUAAGACUAACUCCAUGGAAAAGAAACUCCUCUUUAAGAGCAAAGAGCUGCAAGACACUCAGGAUAAGUGUCACAAGAUGGAGCAGGAAAUGACGCGCUUGCACCGCAGAGUGUCAGAGGUGGAGGCUGUACUUAGCCAAAAGGAGGUGGAACUGAAAGCCUCCGAGACCCAGCGAUCCCUCCUUGAACAGGACCUGGCUACCUACAUCACAGAAUGCAGUAGCUUAAAGCGAAGUCUGGAGCAGGCUCGGAUGGAAGUUUCUCAGGAGGAUGACAAAGCACUGCAGCUCCUUCACGAUAUAAGAGAACAAAGUCGGAAGUUGCAGGAAAUCAAAGAACAGGAGUAUCAAGCCCAAGUUGAAGAAAUGCGAUUGAUGAUGAAUCAGCUAGAAGAGGACCUUAUUUCUGCUCGCAGACGUAGUGAUCUUUAUGAAUCUGAAUUGAGAGAGUCUCGACUGGCUGCAGAAGAGUUCAAGCGAAAAGCCACUGAAUGUCACAACAGGCUUCAGAAAGUAGUUAAGGUUAAAGAUCAAGGAAAAACCGAAGUAGGAGAGCUGUAUUCCAAGUUGGAGAAGAUCAAUGCAGAACAACAGGUCAAAAUUCAGGAGCUACAAGAGAAGCUGACAAAGGCCAUGAAAGCCAGCUCGGAAGCCACCGAACUGCUUCAGAACAUACGGCAAGCGAAAGAGAGAGCGGAGAAGGAGUUAGAGAAAUUGCAAAACCGGGAGGACUCCAGUGAAAGCAUGAAAAAGAAAUUGCUGGAAGCAGAGGAAAGACGCCAUUCUCUAGAGAACCAAGUGAAGCGGCUGGAGACAGUGGAACGCCGAGAGAACCGACUGAAAGAAGAUAUCCAGACAAAGUCUCAGCAAAUCCAGCAGAUGGCUGAUAAAAUUCUGGAACUGGAGGAGAAACAUCGGGAAGCCCAGCUUGCAGCCCAGCACCUGGAGUUGCAUCUGAAGCAGAAAGAACAAAUGUAUGAAGAAAGGCUCAAAGUGCUUGAUAAUCAGAUGAAGAAAGAUCUUGCAGACAAAGAUGCACUUGAAAACAUGCUGAGGAAACAUGAAGAGGAAGCCCAUGAAAAGUGCAAAAUCCUUGCAGAACAGAAAGCAAUGAUCAAUGCGAUGGAUUCGAAGAUCAGGUCUCUGGAACAGAGAAUAGUGGAACUGUCUGAAGCUAACAAGCUUGCAGCAAACAGCAGCCUAUUUACCCAGAGGAACAUGAAAGCCCAAGAAGAAAUGAUUUCGGAGCUCAGGCAGCAGAAAUUUUAUCUGGAAACUCAGGCUGGAAAAUUAGAGGCGCACAACAAUAAACUGGAGGAGCAAUUGGAAAAGAUCAGUCACCAGGACCACACGGACAAGACUCGCCUGUUGGAGUUGGAGACUAGGUUACGAGAGGUUAGCCUCGAACACGAAGAACAAAAAUUAGAGCUGAAGCGGCAGCUUACCGAACUGCAACUCACCCUCCAGGAGAGGGAGUCUCAGAUUUCAGGGUUGCAAGCGGCCCGGGCAGCCCUGGAAAGUCAGCUCCGGGAAGCUAAAACUGAGCUAGAGGAGACCACGGCUGAGGCUGAAGAAGAGAUCCAAGCACUGACGGCACAUAGAGAUGAAAUCCAGCGUAAAUUUGAAGCCCUUCGUAAUAGCUGCACAGUGAUUACAGACCUGGAAGAGCAGUUGAACCAGCUGACUGAGGAUAAUGCUGAGCUGAACAACCAGAAUUUCUUCCUCUCCAAGCAGUUAGAUGAAGCUUCAGGGGCAAACAAUGAGGUGGUUCAGCUGCGGAGUGAGGUUGACCAUCUUCGUCGUGAGAUAACAGAGCGGGAGAUGCAGCUCACCAGUCAAAAGCAAACGAUGGAGGCCUUAAAGACCACCUGCACCAUGCUGGAAGAGCAAGUGAUGGAUCUGGAGGCCCUGAAUGAUGAGCUCUUGGAGAAGGAGCGCCAGUGGGAGGCGUGGAGAAGUGUCCUGGGAGAUGAGAAGACCCAGUUUGAGUGCCGGGUUCGGGAACUCCAGAGAAUGUUAGAUACGGAGAAGCAAAGCAGGGUGCGAGCUGACCAGCGUAUCACGGAAUCCCGCCAAGUAGUAGAGCUUGCUGUUAAAGAACAUAAAGCGGAGAUCUUGGCUCUCCAGCAGGCAUUAAAGGAACAGAAGCUCAAAGCCGAGAGUCUCUCUGACAAGCUCAACGACUUGGAGAAGAAGCACGCCAUGCUGGAGAUGAAUGCCCGGAGCUUGCAGCAGAAGCUUGAAACAGAGCGCGAACUCAAACAGAGGCUUCUGGAAGAGCAAGCCAAGUUGCAGCAGCAGAUGGAUUUGCAGAAAAAUCACAUCUUUCGCCUGACUCAAGGCCUGCAAGAGGCCUUGGACAGGGCAGAUCUUUUGAAGACCGAAAGGAGCGACCUGGAAUACCAGCUGGAAAAUAUUCAGGUCCUCUAUUCCCAUGAAAAAGUGAAAAUGGAAGGCACCAUUUCCCAACAAACCAAGCUUAUUGACUUCCUACAAGCAAAGAUGGAUCAGCCAGCCAAGAAGAAAAAGGUUCCUCUGCAGUACAAUGAGCUGAAGGUGGCGCUGGAGAAGGAGAAGGCCCGUUCAGCCGAGCUGGAGGAGGCCCUCCAGAAAACCCGCAUAGAGCUCAGAUCUGCUCGAGAGGAAGCUGCCCAUAGGAAAAUUACAGAGCACCCUCACCCAUCCACACCCGCCACGGCCAGGCAGCAGAUCAUCAUGUCUGCCAUAGUUCGCUCACCAGAACACCAGCCCACGCCCAUCAGCCUGCUCGCUCCUCCCUCCAGCCGCAGAAAGGAGUCCUCCACACCAGAGGAGUUUAAUCGGCGCCUGAAAGAACGGAUGCAUCACAGUAUUCCUCACCGCUUCAAUGUGGGUCUGAAUAUGAGAGCUACAAAAUGUGCCGUUUGCUUAGAUACAGUGCACUUUGGACGUCAGGCUUCAAAAUGUCUUGAAUGCCAGAUGAUGUGCCACCCCAAGUGUUCUGCCUGCUUGCCGGCCACUUGCGGCUUGCCGGCCGAAUACGCCGCGCAUUUCUCCGAAGCCUUCUUCCGGGAUAAACUGAACUCCCCGGGUCUGCAGCUGAAAGAACCGGGCAGCGGUUUACGGCUGGAAGGAUGGAUGAAGGUGCCCAGAAACAAUAAACGUGGCCAGCAGGGCUGGGACAGGAAGUACGUAGUUCUGGAAGGAACUAAAGUCCUUGUUUAUGACACGGAAACAAGAGAAGCUGGACAACGGCCCGUGGAAGAGUUUGAAUUGUGCCUUCCAGAUGGAGACGUUACAGUCCACGGGGCCGUGGGAGCGACGGAACUUCUAAAUACGGCAAAGACAGAUGUGCCAUAUAUAUUAAAGCUGGAGUCUCAUCCCCACACCACGUGCUGGCCUGGCCGGACUCUCUAUUUACUUGCACCCACUUUUCCUGAUAAGCAGCGUUGGGUUAAUGCCCUGGAAUCCACAGUGGCAGGAGGAAGAGUUUCCAGAGAAAAAGCAGAGGCUGAUGCUAAGCUACUUGGAAAUUCUCUCCUGAAACUGGAAGGAGAGGACCGUUUGGAUAUCAACUGCACUUUACCCUUCAGUGACCAGGUUGUACUGGUGGGCGCUGAGGAAGGCCUUUAUGCCCUGAACGUGCUGAAGAAUUCUUUAACGCACGUCCCCGGGAUUGGUGCUGUCUUUCAAAUACACCUCAUCAAGGACCUGGAGAAACUGCUCAUGAUUGCAGGAGAAGAAAGGGCACUGUGCCUUGUGGACGUUAAAAAAGUGAAGCAGUCCCUCGCUCAGUCCCACCUACCAGCUCAACCUGAUGUCUCACCCAACAUUUUUGAGGCUGUGAAAGGCUGCCAUCUGUUCGCUGCUGGCAAGAUUGAGAAUGGGCUGUGCAUCUGCGCAGCCAUGCCCAGCAAAGUGGUGGUGCUGCGUUACAAUGAGAGCCUCAACAAGUUCUGCAUCAGGAAGGAGAUUGAAACCUCAGAGCCGUGUAGCUGUAUCCAUUUCACCAAUUACAGCAUCAUCAUCGGAACAAAUAAGUUUUAUGAAAUUGAGAUGAAGCAGUAUACCCUUGAGGAAUUCCUGGAUAAGAAUGACCACACCUUAGCAUCGGCUGUGUUUGCAUCACCCAGCAAUAGUUUCCCAAUCAACAUCAUCCAGGUGAAUCCAACAGGGCAGAGGGAGGAGUAUCUGCUUUGCUUUCAUGAAUUUGGCAUCUUUGUAGACUCCUACGGAAGACGCAGCCGCUCGGAUGACCUGAAAUGGAGUCGUCUGCCUUUGGCGUUUGCCUACAGGGAACCGUACCUCUUCGUGACCCACUUCAACUCCCUCGAGGUGAUCGAGAUCCAAGCCCGUGCCUCCCUUGGCAUUCCAGCCCGAGCCCAUCUGGACAUCCCAAGCCCUCGCUACCUGGGCCCAGCCAUUUCCUCCGGCGCCAUUUACCUGGCCUCUUCCUACCAGGACAAACUGAGAGUGAUUUGCUGCAAAGGGAAUUUGGUGAAAGAAUCGAACAAUGAGCAUCACCGAGGAUCCUCGACCACCCGCAGCAGCCCGAACAAGAGAGGUCCACCAACGUAUAACGAGCACAUAACCAAGCGGGUAGCAUCGAGCCCGGGACCCCCAGAAGGCCCAGGCCACCCUCGCGAGCCAAGCACACCCCACCGCUACCGGGAAGGAAGGACGGAGCUCCGCAGGGACAAGUCUCCAGGGCGUCCCCUGGAGCGGGAGAAAUCCCCCGGACGGGUCCUGAGCACCCGCCGAGAGAGGUCCCCGGGGAGGCUGUUUGAGGAGAGCAGCAGGGGACGGAUGCAAGUGGGGGGCGCCAGGACUCCCCUCUCCCAAGUCAACAAGGUCUGGGACCAAUCUUCAGUAUAAGCGACACAAGCAUCCCCAAUUGACCCUGAACUCCAGGAAGAACAAGAAAAUGUCCUGAAUUAGGUGCACUUCUACGUUAACCACCCAUUUCCCUAACUAACAGUACUGGGCCCAAACUCAUUCCGGCAACGAGAUUUAAUCCACCAGGACUGAAGUUAGCUGCAAGGACUGGCUUGCGUUUCGGAUUUUUCCUUCCCACUUCCUGCCCUCCGGUCUCCUUUCUCCUUCUUCCACCCCAGCCCCUCGGGGGGCACUUUGUAUUACUGCUCCUUUCAAAGCAGGUCACAGAUCUUUCUAUUUCGCUUUUACCUGCCCCGUCGAUAGUCCGAUGGGAUGGGGCUUUUGCCCAAGACUGAGAAAAUGUGGCUGUCGGCAUUUGCGGAAAAGCCUUGUAGCCAGCAACGGCCCGGUGUCUCUGUCUCUCACCCAGUGUCGUUCCCUUCCGCUGCAGAGCUUUCGAGAAACCCCAGGCAACUGAGUGAGUCGGUUGCUUCCCAGAAUCUUUUUGGAAUUUACCGUUCCAAAUGCAAAUUAAAAGAAAAAUGGAGCUGUAAGUGGAGCUCUGUGGUCUGCUGGGUUACAGGGAAGGAGUGCCAUUUUAAUGAUCCCCCAGCGCCCCUCGACCAGACGAGAAACGUGUCCGCAGGCCUCUCGCCCUCUGCCUUCAAAUGCUGCUGGGGCGUCAACUGCCCUGCUCACAUGCACCACCCUUGCCCAGGCUUCCUGCAUGGCACCUUCCUGCAUGCUUCCUGCACCGCCAUCACCUAGACUGCAGCCUCCUUUUCAGUUGCUUUGCUCGAUAUUGUGUCUCGUAUUUCCCGUGUUAAAAUACCGAAGCCUCUCUAGAUUACGCUGCAACCAAUAACCAUCAUUGUUUACUGGGGAAACCGGCACUGAAGGAGGAAACGCGACGGUUCUCGAUUCCGCCGCCGCCGCCGAGCACCACGAGGCGGGGCGGCAUCCCCAGCCGGCCUGGGCAGGGUCCUGCCCUCCGGCCGAGCGCGAGAGCCAAGCGGAGGAGACGCCGCCUUGCCCCGGGGGUGCUCGAAGCACUCGACGCCUCCCCAAAGGAGGGACCACCGCAGAACAGCGAGAGCAGGAAAGCUGAACCUGUGGCCAAAAGGAGUGGGGAAAGGUACAGGGUGGGGUCCGGAUCUUUCAGAGCGCAGCCCCCCUUGCGUUGGCGAAGAACGCGGGCAAUGAAACAGCUGUGGCUAUUUUUCGCCACGACGGCCCCACCAGCCUCGCUUCUCAUCCUUGGCUACCGCUGAGCUCAAGCAGAACUCUUUGGGGCCGUUAUUUGCUUUCGCGCUGUUUUUUUCCCAGCUGGCAAGAGCAGAUCCACGUGCCUCCAUCGAUUCCUUUUGCCACCCAGCACUCCUCCUGCGGAGAGGGGCCUCCGUCUCUCUUGCUUCGCCGGUGCCCUUUUGGGGGGAGGGGAGUUGUGGAUAACAGGGUCAGGCUGAUUGCAUUAUCUGGUGGUUUGUCAGGAAACGUGCGGGGAUUUCCGUCUCGGGGGGGUCCUGGAAGCUAUUUUAGGUCUUUGCAUCCCAUGGGAAAAACUAAUAACAACAAUGAUAAUGAUAACCCCUCAUUACCUGAAAACUCGGCCCGUCGAGUCCUGAAAGUGUAUAUCUCGUGUCUUGUUUGUGAAAUGCUUCCUGCUAUAGAAUAGCUCAAAAGACUGUACAUAUUUACAAGAAACUUUAUAUUCGUAAAAAAGAAAAAAGAAAAAAAAGGAAUCAAAUCCGUUUCUACUUUUUUAUUGUAAAGUGUGCGGUUUUUUUUUCAACCACCAGCCUUUUGUUUUGAAGGGGUCUUCGGUUGCCCCAAACAGCCUCCCUCUAAUCUGCCAGGUCCCCAUGAUGAAAUCCCGUACCGUACCAUUUGCCAGCCAAAGCUCGGCAGCGUAAACAAAGUCCAUAGGCGUUACAACAGAAUAGGAGUUGUCUUCUUCACCUUUUUAUCGCAGACAAGAACGGGGAAGGACUCACACACUUCACCUGGAAAGUACUGAACCUGUUGUUGAAAUGAUAACCAAAUAAAAACCAAUUCACUCUACUGCCU